AACCCUAAUUUCAAUCCACCUCUCACACUCUCACACUCUCACCCGCAAUAACAUGCUUCUGUAAUUCUUACGUCACACGCAUUUGACCUCCGCAGAUGCGAAGCUAUGUCUCUGGAAGCUUCGCUUGAACGACGAAAGCAGUCCCAAGCUCCUGUGACUGGCAAUGGAAAUGGCGUCGUCUCGUCCAGCGCACCUUCCUUCUCAACUCACAGGCUUCGUCUCCAGCCAAAGGAAGAUCACAAGUCGGAGACCUACGAGGACCUGCAAUUGGAAUUUAGCCCCCUCCUCUUUAGUAUGCUGGAAAGGCACUUGCCUCCGAGCAUGCUCAAUGUGGCACGCGACCUUAAGCUUCAGUACAUGAGGGACAUUCUACUCCGAUAUGCUCCAGAGGGUGAACGCAACCGAGUUCAGAGGCAUAGAGAAUACCGACAAAAGAUAAUAUCAAAUUAUCAGGUAAAUGCAAGUCUAGCUAAGUAUGUAUUCGAGUUAGACACUCUUAGAUUGGUGUGA